ACAGGGGAGGAAAGGAGAUGAUGAUGAUGAAGAAGAAGAAGAAGGAAGCGAGGGAAGGAGAUGGCGACAAGUGGGUGAACGACUCGUCAGUGGAUCACAGAGGAAAGGUCCCGCUCCGAGCGUCCACUGGUGUCUGGAAAGCCUCUCUCUUCAUCAUCACAAUUGAGUUCAGUGAGAGGCUGAGCUACUUCGGAAUAGCAACAAACUUGAUCUCGUACCUCACCAGGGUGAUCCAUCAGGACCUCAAGACAGCUGCGAAGAGCGUCAACUACUGGGCCGGCGUCACCACGUUGAUGCCCCUGAUCGGCGGCUUCCUAGCCGACGCCUACACCGGCCGGUUUGCCAUCAUCAUAUUCUCGUCCCUUGUCUAUCUUAUGGGUCUGAGCCUUCUCACAUUGUCUCAAUUCAUCCCAAGCUUGAGGCCGUGUGACAGUACCAGCCCUUGUAGCCGAGCUCGGAAAGUCCACGAGGUUGUGCUCUUUCUUGCCCUGUACUGCAUAUCGAUCGGCACCGGAGGCCACAAGCCUUGCCUGGAGAGCUUCGGGGCUGACCAGUUCGACGACAACCACGAUGAAGAGCGGAAGAAGAAGAUGUCCUACUUCAACUGGUGGAACUUUGGGCUUUGCUGUGGCCUCUUCCUGGGAGUGACAAUCAUAGUCUAUGUGCAGGACAAUGUGAGCUGGGGCGUCGCCGAUCUCGUCCUUGCCGUCACGAUGGCGGUCACGAUCAUCACUUUCUAUGCGGGGAGGUCCUAUUACCGGUACCGAAGUCCCGAAGGAAGCCCUCUCACGCCGUUACUGCAGGUUUUGGUCGCAGCAAUCCGGAAGCGAAACCUGCCUCACACUUCAAGUCCCGACUCGCUCUUCGAAGCCCCGGCAUCAGAGAGUUCUCACAAGCGACUCCUUCACCACACGAAUCGACUGAGAUUCUUCGACAAAGCCGCGAUUCUUGACGGAAGCAAGGAGGCCUCCAAUGGAGAGAAAUAUAAUCCAUGGAGACUUGCAACAGUGACCCAAGUAGAAGAGAUGAAGCUGGUGCUGAACAUGAUCCCCAUUUGGUUGACCUCGCUGCCCUUCGGGGUAUGCAUCGCGCAGGCCUCGACUUUCUUCGUCAAGCAAGGCGCAGCGAUGGACCGGAGGAUCGGCAGUGGGGGUCACAGCUUCGAGAUCCCCGCUGCCAGCACCUACGCCCUCGGUGCCGUCGGGAUGAUAAUCUCGGUGACCAUGUACGAGAAACUGCUUGUCCCAAUCCUGAGGAAAUCCACGGGCAACGAGAGAGGCAUAAACAUACUCCAGCGGAUCGGAUUCGGCAUGAUCUUCUCCGUCGUGGCCAUGUCAGUUGCGGCCCUGGUUGAGGCAAAGCGGCUAAGGACAUGGAAACACGACAUCCUCGUGCAAGGAAGGGCGAUGACCAAACCGUCCAUGAGCGUGUUCUGGCUAGCGCCGCAGUUCCUCAUCCUUGGCCUCGGGGAUGGGUUCACGCUCGUCGGCCUGCAAGAGUACUUCUACGACCAAGUUCCCGACUCGAUGAGGAGCCUUGGGAUCGCAAUAUACCUGAGCGUGAUCGGGGGCGGGAGCUUCCUGAGCAGCUUCCUCAUAAUGGUCGUCGACCACAUCACAAGGCGGGGUGGCGACGGCGGCGAGGGCUGGGUCGGGAAGGACCUGAACUCAAGCCACCUCGACCGGUUCUACUGGCUGCUCGCGGCGAUAAAUCUGGCGAACCUCUGCGUUUAUGUGGCCAUUGCGAGGAGGUACACCUACAAGAAUGUGCAGAGGAGGGAGGUGGUUGCGAACGAUUGCAGAGAAAAUGGGGAGGAUCAUGAGGCAAGGGCUUGAUGAUUGCCAUAAUCCAAAUUGAAAGUCUGGUAAAGGAAGUAUGCACCAUCUUGACUUAGCAAUAUUGCACGUGCUAGUUCUUACGGCAUUGGCGU